GAUUUUUUGUGAUAUAGGAAAACAAAAUACGCUUUUCGAAAGCACUUGAGUUUUUUGUAAAAAAUUUUAUUAGAAUUUCGUGUUUUAUAUUAUAAAGUGUUAAAAAAAAAAUUAUUUUAAAAAUGAAGCAAAUUUUACAGUAUUUUAUUUUCUUAUAUUUGCUAAUUAAGAUACAAGCAGCUGACAAUAAUACGUAUGAAUGUGUGUGGUAUGGACAAUGUAACAAAGAUAAUAUGGGCCGAAUGCAGAAUUGUGUUUACAAUGGGCCUCCAAAACCCUUAAAUGAUACUAAUGCUCAGGCCUUAUUAGCUAAAUGGUGUCCACAUCUAAUUAAAGAUGAUGGAGAGGGUAUUAAAACAUGCUGUGAUGCAAAUCAACUUACUUAUUUUGAUACAUCGAUUAAACUCGCUGAAAAUUUGUUGGGCCGAUGUCCCUCGUGUAUGAGAAAUUUGGCAAAUCAUUUAUGUGACUUUACAUGUGGCACGGAUCAAUCACGAUUUAUGAGUGUUACGGAAACACAAAAGAAUGCAACAGGUGGAGAAUAUAUUCUUGCUGUGGAAAUAUUUAUUACAAACGAAUAUUUAAAUGGUGCCUAUGAUUCAUGCAAACAAGUAUCCGUCCCAAGUACUGGACAACGGGCAUUAGAUCUGAUGUGUCCACCAUACGGAGCUGUUGGUUGUACACCAGCCAGAUGGUUUAAAUUUAUGGGUAGUGCAAGUGCCGAUAAUCCUUUUGUACCAUUUCAAAUCACUUAUGUAAAUACAAGCUCACCAGUAGAAGAUUUUGUACCACUUGAUCCAAAAAUAACACCAUGUAAUUUGGCAAUCGAUGAAAACAGUUCAGCUUGCAGUUGUGUGGAUUGUGAAUACAGUUGUCCAAAACCACCAGAAUAUCCUCCAGAUCCAGAACCAUUUGUAAUACUCAAUUUUAAUGGUUAUUCAUUUUUGCUGACAUUGUUAUACGCCAUUUUUGUCGUCGUUUUUCUUUCGUGUUCGUAUUGUUGUAAACAAGGCUCAGUUGUGGACACUAUAGAAACACGCGGAGCACAAGUUGGACGUAGAUUAGCGGGAAAUACAGUUCCACAUUCAUCAUCCAGACUUGCGCUUGGUGCUGAUCAAGAGGAUAGUCCUUUACAAUCAAAUCGUUCGAGUGUAAUCGCCGAUAAUGAACAUGAAAUGCCAACUCACGCGAUUGGAGAUACUGCAAUCGAUGACGUACCAGAAUCAUCUAUUUGGGAACGUUUUGGUGCAAAUACAGAAACAAAUUUACAACAAUUCUUCCAACAGCUUGGUACAAAAUGUGCAGAAUAUCCAUGGCUAGUGUUGUUCAUUGGUUUCAUGGUUGUGUGUGGUUUAUGCCAUGGUAUCAUACGUUUAAAAGUCACCACCGAUCCAGUGGAAUUAUGGGCAUCUCCAUCGUCCCGCUCUCGAAUUGAACGUGAAUACUUUGAUAGUCAUUUUGAACCAUUUUAUCGUACCGAACAAGUUAUUAUACGUGCAGUGAAUUUACCAAGUUUCGUACAGAAUACAAGUUCUGGUCCGGUACAAUUUGGACCAGCAUUUAACAUGGAUUUCUUAUUGGAAGUUUAUAAAUUACAACAAAGAAUUAAGGAAAUUGGUGUUGAAACUGGUGAAAGUUUGGCAAAUAUAUGUUUUAUGCCUCUGGAAUCUGCAUUCUCCACAGAAAAAGAUAUUACGAAAUGUGUGGUACAAAGUAUUUGGGGAUAUUAUCAGGAUGAUAUGGAAACAUUCCUUACAAAUGAUACUGAUUCAGAAGGAUAUGCCAUCAAUUAUUUAACUCAUUUUAUCGAAUGUUCACAAAAUAAUUACCUUUGGAAUUGUAUGGCACCAUAUGGAGGUCCAAUCGAUCCUGCUAUUGCACUUGGUGGAUUUUUACAAAAAGAUGAUACCCUUCUAAACAACAAUCAAUACGAGAAAGCAACAGCCGUUAUUUUAACAUUCGUUGUAAAUAAUUAUCACAACAAAACAAAAUUAUUACCAGCAAAAAUAUGGGAAGAAAAAUUCGUUGCAUUUAUGAAAAACUAUACAAUGUUUGAGCAACCCGAUUUUAUGGAUAUCGCAUUCACAUCAGAACGAUCAAUUGAAGAUGAAUUGGAUCGUGAAAGUCAAUCGGAUGUUUACACGAUUUUAAUAUCAUAUUUAUUAAUGUUUGCGUAUAUUGCGAUAGCCUUGGGUCACGUUAACGAAUGUCAUCGUGCUUUUAUCGAAUGUAAGAUUACACUAGGUUUAGGUGGUGUUGUUAUCGUUCUUGCAUCAGUUGGUUGCUCCGUUGGAAUAUUUGGAUACUUGGGUGUACCAGCAACACUAAUUAUCGUCGAAGUCAUACCUUUCUUAGUAUUAGCCGUUGGGGUGGAUAACAUAUUUAUCUUGGUUCAAACACAUCAACGUGAGCCUCGUAAACCAAAUGAAACACAUGCUGAACAUAUUGGACGUACUUUGGGUCAAGUUGGUCCAUCGAUGUUAAUAACAAGUGUCUCGGAAUGUUGUUGCUUCUUUUUGGGAAGUUUAUCCGACAUGCCUGCAGUACGAGCUUUUGCUUUAUACGCAGCAGUUGCAUUGUUAAUCGAUUUCUUGUUACAAAUAUCAUGUUUUGUAAGUUUAUUAUAUUUGGAUACAAUACGACAAACCGCAAAUCGUUUCGAUAUCUGUUGUUUUAUUCGAGGUCGUAAAAAAGAUACUAGUAUCGAAGUGAGUGAAAGUAUUUUAUAUAAGUUUUUUAAAGCAGUCUACGCCCCAUUUUUAUUGAGUAAACAUACACGGACAUUUGUUAUGGUGGUUUUUGUGGGAUGGUUUGUUAUUUCGACAGCGCAUUUAAGUAGCAUCGAUAUUGGUUUGGAUCAAGAACUAUCAAUGCCUGCAGAUUCAUUCGUUUUAAAAUAUUUUAAAUAUUUAAAAGAUUAUUUAAGUAUUGGACCACCAGUUUAUUUUGUUGUGAAGAAUGGUUUGAAUUAUUCCAUGGAUACACAUCAAAAUUUAAUUUGUGGUGGACAACACUGUAACGAUGAUUCGUUAAUUGUUCAGUUGUAUCAAGCUAGUCAUGUACCAAAUUAUACGUUUAUUGCACGGCCAAGUUCCAGUUGGAUUGAUGAUUAUUUUGAUUGGUCGAAAUCGAGUGCAUGUUGUAAAUAUUUCCCGUCGAAUAAUAGUUUUUGUCCACAUGAAAAUUAUGAUUGUAUGAGUUGUGAAAUCGAACAAAAUCAAAUUCAACGUCCAGUACCAAAAGAUUUUGCAAAAUAUGUCUCCUACUUCUUAUUGGAUAAUCCAGAUGAAUCCUGUCCAAAAGGUGGUCAUGCUGCAUACGGACAUGGUGUAAACAUCUUAGACAACAAUCCGAAUGGUUUAUCAACAGUGGGCAGUUCAUACUUCAUGACAUAUCACACCGUAUUAAAGACAUCAUACGAUUAUUAUGAAGCAAUGCGUCGUGCACGAUUCGUUGCAAAAAAUAUCACCGAUACCAUCAACAAACAUUUAAGUGAUAUGCAACAAUUAACUGAUGCGAAUACAGUUGAAGUGUUCCCAUACUCAGUGUUUUAUGUGUUCUACGAACAGUAUUUAACAAUGUGGCCAGAUGCGUUAAGUAGUUUAGGAAUUAGUUUAGGUGCUAUAUUUGUAGUGACAUUUUUAUUAAUGGGUUUUGACUUUUUCUCCUCGUUAACGGUGUUAGUUACAAUUACAAUGAUUGUGGUGAAUUUAGGUGGUUUAAUGUACUUCUGGAAUAUAUCAAUGAAUGCUGUCUCCUUAGUGAAUUUAGUGAUGGCUGUUGGUAUUGCUGUGGAAUUUUGUUCACAUUUAGUUCAUUCAUUUGCCGUAUCGGUAAAAGAGACUCGUGUUGAACGUGCUAAAGAAUCUUUAAUUAAAAUGGGUAGUUCGAUUUUUUCGGGUAUUACGUUAACGAAAUUUGCUGGAAUUAUUGUAUUAGGUUUUGCAAAUAGUCAAAUAUUUCAAGUGUUCUAUUUUCGUAUGUAUUUAGGCAUUGUUAUUAUUGGUGCAAUGCAUGGUCUCAUCUUUUUACCAGUACUUUUAAGUUAUAUAGGUGCAUCAAUUAAUAAAGAAAAAUUAGCCGAACAUCAUAGGAAAAUUGGAAGAAGUAAUAUGCAAGAAACUUCACUAAAUCGAGCGUGAUGCAAGGCAAAUUCCGUCGACGACGAGACGGUAGUGAUGCCGUUGGGAGAGAACGAGAUAGUAGUGAGCACAGACCCGAAUCAUCCACAACAGUCGAACCAAUCGCCUCUAUCAAUACAACUACUGCUUUGUUGUACACGGAUCCAUCUCAACGGAGCACGCUCGAAUCACGACAUCAUUACGGAAGUAUAAAUAGAGAAAACUUGAUUACGAAUUAAAAAUAGUUGAGGUGUGGAACACAAUAUUAAUCCUAAGAGGAAUAUGAAAUUAAUAAUUAAAUAAUAAUAAUCUAUUGGACAAAUAUUUUUUAAUACAAAUACUUUUUUACACAUUUUCACUUGUUAUUGACACCGAAAAUUUGCUCCGAAAUGUCGAAAAUAAUAAGUUACCAUGUAACAGAAAUGGAUUUUCCAAUUUUGAUUUACUCUAUACUUAAAAUAAAAAAACCAAAAAUAAUCAGGUUUACCUUAUCGAACUCUUGCGACAAUAAUAAAAUAGGACAAAGCUACAUUUAUAUCUCAACGUGGUCUUGGACCUUUAAGAAUUAUUAUCUAUCGAUUUGAGAGAAUGUCAAUCCUAACGUUAUCGGUCACGCUUUCCAAUAUCAAACAGUCAUGUUUUAAAAAUUCUAGCUCGACCCGUGCAGAAUACCGCAGUGCAGUAUUCUAGGAAGAUCUCGCGAUGUGACAA